CGCAGUUACGUAUGGACCAAGUGUUGUCUUACUCGACUGCAAUUAAGAUUGUUUCGCAGUUACUUAUGGAACACGAGCUGUCUUACAUGACUGCUAUUGAGAUUAUGUUUCGGAGUUACUUAUGGACCAAGUGCUGUCUUACAUGGCUGCAAUUGAGAUAAUGUUUAGCAGUUUUGGUGGACCCUUAGCUUCCUACUGUACUGUAACUUGAAUUAGUAAAAUAGGAAAGUUUUUUUCAAAAGUGGAUAGAAGCUUCUAUCUUUGGCGGAUAGAAGCUUUUCUGGAACGGAAUCCUAGCUGUCUAGAAGAUACUUACUGAAAAUGUUUACACUUUACAGAUAUUUUUGUAGUGUACAGAUUAAGACUUCACUGGAAUGUAGUGGAACCGAAAAUUGGCCUGAUUCCGUUCAGAAAUGGAAGCGGGAUAUUUUUUGUUGAGUUUCCUGACGAAGGAAUUAUUUCUGUUGAAAAUUCGUUUUGACACAGAAUAUGUUUGUUUAAAUUGUGUUCUGACGCGGCAUCGUUUUGGCCCGUUAGUUACCUAGUUUAUGUACUUCAUUGUAAAUUUUGUUUUUAUUUGCUUCUCAGGGAAUUGGAAUGUAUUUGCAGCUCUAAGCUGAAUAUACCGCACUUCUUUAGCAAAAUGUAUUAACGAGGUUUAACUCGUUUUUGUGAUAUUAUUGUAUGCAAUUUAAACAACAUUGCGCAACCAUUUGAAAGGAAAAGUCUUCCAUAGCGAUAGAUUUGUAAUAAUUUACUUUGCUCUGCACUUAUUUUUCAUAACGUAAAACGGAAUAUACGUCCAGGGUUACUAAUUUUUAAGAUAGACUCGAUGAUUUGCAAAACUGUUGGAAGUUGGUCGCAAUUACUGCAGCGUAAUUUUUCUAAAGAUUUUGUUAGGCAACCGUUCUGGUAUUCAUUAGCUAGAAGGCUGUUAUAUCGUGUAUUACGUGAUGAGGCCUUGUCGAAAUUGAACGAUCGCAAGGUUUUUGUUUUUCAUCUAAAUUUUUGACUAAAAUCGACUGGAAUUUUCACUUUCGUAACCUAAUUCUACGUUUGGUGAUAAUUUUCGUAACAGAUUGUGUAUCGUUUGUAGGGAGUAAUUCACUUCAUUUACUUAUCCCAUUUCCGUUAUUUUUUCUGCAGGCGCGGAACGGCUGCUUUAGGUGACUAUUUCUCUCGAGUCUAAAAUCAAUCUCUUUAUACUCCUAACGCGGCAACGCCAACAUUCCGCUAUCUAUAUUUGCUGUUGACAUUUUGUAUUCACGUUGUUCGCUGAACAAACAAAAACCUGUGGCUGAACGUUGUUCUUUUCAAUUUUGGAAAUCUAAAAUUUCAACAUUGAAUCACGGCAGUAACUAGUAAGCUGGACUUGGCCUUGAACUAGACUUGAAGUGCUACACGAUUAACACCAGGACUUGACAAGAAUCCAGAGGAUGGCAUUGGUGCCAGCUUGUGUUGGGACUCAGCUGAAGUAUGCCCCCUUUGCUUCUUCAGUUGAUGUUGGUUUCUGGUAUACAUUCAACAAGAAGAAGCUUGAAGAAUACAAGUUGAACACAGAUCCGGUGUGUCUACGUGGAGGAUAUGUCAACACCGAAGAUCAAGGGCAGGCACCAAGAUUAUCCAUUCUAUACAGUGCUUUUGCAAGGCCUGCAAAUGAGACUUCCAGUCCUGGCAUGUUUUCAUGCCCAGGAGUCUUGUUGCACACCAACACCGUCGAGGAAUUCAAGAGCUGCAACAGGAAAGAGCUCCUAAAUAGCAUUGCAGACGAGCGGCUUUACCAACACAUGUUAUCUGGAAAGGCUUUAGAUGAGCCGCAAAUUCUUGCCACCUUUAUUGUGCAUCUGUUUGCUGACCUGAAGAAAUACCACUAUAUCUAUUGGUUUGCGUUUCCGGCUUUCAUCAGCCAUAAGGAGACUAUAGAAGAGCCUAUCAAGACCCUGGAGGAGUAUUGGACAAAGGAACAGAUGGAGAUCUUUACACAAGGCUACCUAACAAUAGAAAGCGAUGUUAACCCCGGAUUUUUUGUUUUGGAACAACCGUCUGAAGAAUGUUUCUGCUUCCACCCACUCAGAGAUUACGGCAAGCUGCUGGAAGAACAACGGCAGGUGUGUUUGGGGGUAGCGGACCCCAGCAGCAUCGGUGGUGUGCCAGGCUGGCCUCUACGUAAUCUUCUCACUCUGGCUCACCUGCAGUGGCCCUCUCACUCCAGCCACAAAGUUCUGUGUUUGCGGAUGUCGGUGCGUCGAGGCGAACGCUCCGUCUCCCACAGCCUCAUAUUUAGGGUUCGACUUGAGCCCAGGGAGAACGCUACGGACCUUACACCCUGCGUCGGCUGGGAGAAAGAUGGAGCUGGCAAUUUGGCUCCCAUCAAACUUGACCUCUCGGCUUCCAUGGACCCUGAGAAAGUGUGCGACAGUGCGUGUGAGCUGACCCUGCAGCUGAUGCGGUGGCGAGUGGCGCCUGCACUCGACACACACGCGCUUCAGAAGACGCGCUGCCUCCUGCUGGGCGCCGGCACGCUUGGCUGUAAUGUCGCCAGAGCUCUUAUGGGCUGGGGCAUGAUGCACUUCACAUUUGUUGACAGCGGCCACGUGUCGUACAGCAACCCGGUGCGUCAGUCACUGUACAGCUUCUCCGACUGCCUUGGGGGAGGUCAGCUCAAGGCUGUCGCUGCUGCUAGGGCCCUCAAGCUCAUCAGGCCGAGUGUUAUUUCAGAAGGCGUGGUGCUGACCAUACCAAUGCCCGGGCACCCACCAGGCCGCCACCAGGAGCAGGUGGCCGUGUCUGCGGUUGAGCGCCUGCAGCAGCUCAUAGCUGACCACGACGUCGUCUUCCUCCUCACCGACUCCAGGGAGAGCCGCUGGCUGCCUGCCCUCAUAGGGGCCUCGAUGAACAAGAUCGUGAUCACUGCAGCACUAGGUUUUGAUUCCUUCGUAGUCAUCCGCCAUGGCUCUAAGCCAAACCACGGCGCUGCUGUUGAGAGCUGCACGGAUCUGAUCGACUACUCCUGCAAGUUGGUGCCCGGCCGCCAUCUUGGCUGCUACUUCUGUAAUGAUGUCGCCGUGCCUGGAAACUCUCAGGAGGACAGGACGCUGGACCAGCAGUGCACGGUGACGCGCCCCGGUGUGAGUCUCAUGGCUGCCGCACAAGCCGCUGAGCUCCUCGCAUCUCUCCUGCAACACCCGCUCAGGCACGACGCCCCUAGCGGUCUGGGCAGCACCGAAGGCGUGCUAGGGGCGGUGCCCCACAGCGUGCGCAUGUUCCUGAGCAGCCAACAGCUCCUGACCCCCACCAGCCCGGCAUUCAAGCAGUGUUCUGCGUGUGGCCAACAGAUCCUCGCAGCCUAUGAGCGUGAAGGCACCAACUUGAUCCUGAAGGUGCUGAACUCGUCCAAGCACCUCGGGGAGGUCAGUGGCAUCGCCCAGCUCAAGGUGCCGCUCUUCGGCGAGGACCUCAGCGAUUCCCUCUCAGAGACGUUCUCCAUAUCGGACGAAGAGGCAUCGUAGCUGCGUUAAUCCUGAGAUGGGAUUAGUCAAUUAGUUAUUGUGAUGGCUUCAUUAAUUGAAGAAUAUAUCAUUUUAAUAAAAUUAGCCACUGUCGACUAUUCAUUCAAUAUUAUCAGAUUGUUAGGUUGGGAUUAAAACAAGCAACGGCUGGCAUCACUUGCAAAUUUUAACUUUGUGUUUAAUUAUUUAACGAUUUAGUUCUGACUUCUAUUUAAGCUGAAAGAAAAUCAAAUUCGCUCUCCGGGCUUUAUUUCUGAUACGUAGUUAUAGUAUAUAUGUUAAAGCCUUCUACACUGAAAAUGAAGGGAUAACUUUUUGGAAUUUAUACUGUAAGUGUACUCGAAGAGACUAAUUAUCUCAAAUUUGAUAUGUAGUACGCGUGUUUUCUUUUAAUAAUGUCCCACAUUUGUUCGGUCACUACAGGAAAAUUUACUACAUGAAUGCU